ACUCCAAAUCAGCUGCGAGUUCAUGGCGUGCGUCAUUGCGCAGCGGCGCGUCCAGCUCAUAGUCAUAGUGGUUAAUGGGAAUACGCUGACAGAGCACAACCAGUUGUUUGUGCGGGCAUAUGUAUGCGCUGCAGGUGCUAUCUUUUAAAAAAAAACACUGGAUGGAAGUGGCGUUUACAGCAACACCGAUCUGACGGAAAACUUCCAUUACGGACUCUUAUUUCCACGAUGCGCUGACAAAUGUGACAUGCUCUCUUCGAUCGGCAGAUACAGAUAAACUCCACCUGGCAUCUUCACUCUUUCAGCAGUCAUGGCUCUCUUUCUAUCUGGAGGGACUGUGUUCACCAUCCUCCUCAUUAGCAGGUUGUUAGAGAGCUCGAUGCUCAAUGCAGAAGUGAAGGAAGGAGAGAUUCUGCCUCCUACCAUUCAGAGGCUGAUGAAAGGAUACAACAAGUACCUCAGGCCUUUCUUUGACAAUGGUCCAGUGACGGUGGGUAUGAGCUUGGACAUUGCAAGCAUUGACACCAUCUCAGAGAUCAACAUGGACUACACCGCCACCAUAUUCCUCCGUCAGCGCUGGACGGAUGAACGGUUGGUAUUUGAAGGCAACAAGAGCCUGAGCCUGGACGGGAGGCUCGUGGAGCUCCUCUGGGUCCCUGACACAUUCAUUGUCGACUCCAAGAAGUCCUUCCUCCAUGACAUCACCGUGGAGAACAGGCUGAUCCGCAUCUUCCCCAACGGGACCGUCCUUUAUGCUCUGAGGAUUACCACCACUGUGGCUUGCAACAUGGACCUGACCAAGUACCCCAUGGACAAGCAGACCUGCACGCUACAACUGGAGAGCUGGGGCUACAACAUCAAUGAUGUGAUGUUCUACUGGACCAGAGGAAACGAGUCGGUCAGUGGUUUAGACUCUCUCCAGCUGGCUCAGUACACAGUAGAAGAUCACUACACAUCUGUGUCAGAGGCCAUCUAUGAAACUGGCCAUUACCCCAAGCUGGUUUUCCACUUUGAGCUGAAGAGGAGCAUUCUCUACUUCAUCCUGGAGACUUAUGUCCCAUCCAGCCUGCUGGUUGUCCUCUCUUGGGUUUCCUUCUGGAUUUCCCUGUCCUCUGUUCCAGCACGAAUUUGCAUAGGAGUGACCACAGUACUGACCAUGACCACGCUGAUGAUGGGAGCCCGGACAUCACUGCCCAAUGCCAACUGCUUCAUCAAGGCCAUAGAUGUCUAUUUGGGAAUCUGCUUUAGCUUCAUCUUUGGAGCGCUCAUUGAAUACGCUGUGGCACAUUUCUGCACCCUCACCCACAGUGAUGCACACAUGCUCAUGUAUGGCCACCACAUGCACGACUUCGAUGACGAAAUGAACGGCAUCCUCACCACCAUCUCCAAUCACAACAGAGCCAAGAGACGCAAGGAGCCCGCCGCCACUCCGUCCUCAGCUCCUGCCUCGACAGAACUUGCCGUCAGGCCCUCCAGCCCCUCGGGCAGCGAGCCGAAGCCCGAGGCGUCGCCUCCAGAGCCCACCAACUGGUGCCUCACUGUUCUGGCCACCCUCCGCAAAAUUCUCCGUUCCAUAAAUUGCUGUCAUGUCGAGAACCCCCACCACAUAGACAACUACUCCAGAGUCACAUUCCCUCUGUCUUUUGUCAUGGUCAACCUGCUCUACUGGACAUAUUAUUUGUACUUUUAGCAUUUGCUCGAGUGCAACAUGUGUCCCAGAAAGUGUGAAACAGAGAGAGUACGUAGACAAGACGUGUAUUUUACUGUAUGUAUGUACAGUAAGUGUUAUUUAGGUGUGUUCUGAGAUGAGUGUGUACACUUUCUACAUUUGGAUUCAUGAGUGAAGUAGCAUACUCAUGCAGGGUUUUUUUGGUGAAUAAGGAAUGCAUAUGAUUGCAGCUCCAUUUUAAAUAUUAAUAUGUACUCAAACUGAGCCACUGCUUUAAUUUUCAUAGAGUUGGUUUUGCUAAAAAUAAGCCUACCUGUCCCUGACAAGGUGAGAUUUAAUAAAUGCUGAUAUGCUUAAAGAUGAAAAUUGCUUUCUAAGAUAAAAAUGGCCAGACCAUCUUCCUUGUUGGAUAUUCAUUUUAAGAUGGAGCUGUAAUUUAAGGCUUUAUGACAGAAUUCGCCAGCACUGUUGAGUGAGAGCAAAUUUCCCUUCCACUUGGAUUCUCUGUUGUGAUGGAUUGAUCACUGAUAUUUUACAACUUCAUCUUCCAUCUCUGCCUGCAGGUACAACAUUUGGAGACAAACAGAAAAAAAUAACAGAUGGCAGAAGAAAGAUGAAAAAGACAGAAAAGGGAGGUGGAGAACUAACUCUGUGGAGAGUGUGUUAAAAACUAAAUAGUAGUCUCUCAAGGAUGAUCAUUUGCUCACUGUUGAAAUCUCUCCUUCUUCAUUGUCCUUCCGUUACUUUUUUUCUUCCACGAAGCAGUGCUGUUUCUCUUUGCCUGUGUUUUACCAUCUUUUCACUGACACUAUAAAUGUAGUGGCCUUUGAUCCCUUCAGUUGUCUUCUGGAAAUCUGGCCACCAAGAGCAACUUUAUGGCACUUCUUAUUACAAAAAUCUGUUUCACAAGGGAGGCACCCUGAACCCCUGAUAUAUGGAAUUCCAAAAGGGUCCAUAUUUCAGAAAUGAAUAGCAUAUUAUAAAAUAUUUUUUGUAACUGAAUAGAGAGAAUGACAUACAUGUACUAAUACAUUUCAGAAAUGAUAAAAAUUCAAUGCAUUAUUAAGAAAUGUAAUUCCUAUCUUCUUAUUUUUAGAACGUAUUCUUUUCAAAAUCAGAUCCUUUGUUCUAAGAUGUGUCACUUUAGUUGUGACCAGAGCAUGCCCCUUACCGCUGAGCUGAUUAAAUGCCCAUAGCCUCAGAAAUAGAAUUAAUUUAAGAAGCUGCUGCUAGUAAACACAGUGCCAUGACACAGAUACUAAUGUUAGCUAGCCAGCAUUGUAACUACAAUAGCUUUGACCAAUAUUUACUAUCAAAUUGAGUUCCAGGGUUAGCCAUGUUCGCUAGUUGGCUAAUUACUUACCUUGGCAGUGUUGUGAUAUCAAAAGAAAGACUUAAAAUUCUGUCGCGAGCUAAAGACAGCCUUUGUUUCUGGUUGUUGUAGCCAUCAAGAGCAAAUAAUUGGCGAGCCUGCAUUGAGAGUUUGUGGGCAUAUGUGACUGGAAAUUUGGUUUAGAAUAUAAAAAGUAGCUACUGGCUUUGUUCUAAGAAAAAAUCCAUCCAUUGCAGCAUUUGAAGUAAGAAGAGCAAUAUUAAAAAAUACUAAACUUAAUGUAAAGUGAAAUUGUCAUAGUGAAAAAUACCAUGAGAAACAAAAAGUGACUGUUUGAAUAAUAACAUUUUAAUGCAGUGAAAUUGUAUCUCAUAAUCAUUAAGAGAUAAAAUAGUGUGUUGAAUUUUGAUAAUGUACUGUUGCAGCUUAUUGGAUCAUGUAUAGAGCUCUGUUUAUUCACAUUAAUAUUUAUUUCAAUAUAUGUUAUUUAUUUAUUUUUUUGCAACAUUUGGGUCUCCGUAAUAACUGAGCAGGCAUAAUGCAAAAAUACACGUGGAUAUACAGAAUACAGAAAAGCAACACCUGGAUAGACAGGUACCAUGUUAUAGUGAGAUAU